AUGCUGGUCGAUGGCAAGGUGGCGCCCGUGGUUGUCAAGGCAUACAAGCCCGAUGUCAUAGCCACUCCUGAGGACUUCCGGGAGCUGCUGAUGGAGGCCGGGAAGCUCGCGCGCCUCGCGCACCCCUGCAUACCGCGCUUCUACGGCCUCGGCUGCUUCGACCACUCGAGCCUGGCCGCCGUCCGCGCGUCGCUCUUCAGCGUCGAGGAGUUUGUCGGCACCCGCUGCCUGCGGCGCCUGCUGGAGGAGCAGAUGCGCAGCCCCGCGCCGCUGUACGACAUGGGCUGGGCGCUGCGCUGGGCGGCCCAGAUCGCGGACGCGCUGGCGGCGCUGCAUGCGCAGGACCCUCAGUACAUCCACGGUGACGUCACCGUCGAGAACGUGUUCCUGGAGGACCACGUGCACCUGGAGGAAGCCGGCGUGAAGCUGGGGGACCUGAAGCCCCACAGGCGAGCGGCGGCGCUGGUUGCCGCUGCCGUUGCUGGGCGAGGGCACGUGUACGACAAACUCACCAGCUUUGCAGCAGCCCAGCAGCAGCAGCAGCUGCAGCAGCUCCAGCACCACCACCACCAUCACCACCAUCACCAUCACCACGGCGGCAGCUUCCAGCAGCAGCUGCAGCAGCUGCACACGCAGCAGCUUCUGCUGCAGAAGCAGCACCAGGGCCGCAAGCCCCACGAGCAGUACAGCCUGGCGCGCUUUUCUGCGCCGCACACGGCACCCUUGAUCAGUGACGGCGGCAAUGGCGCCGACGAGCCGGCGCCGCUGAUUGCUGCUGCUCUCAACAACGGGCAGCGCCCUCGUGCUGCGGGCGGGGCCUUGCAGGGGCAUUUCAAGCAGCAGCCGCUGUCGCAGCAGCGGCUGCAGCCGCAGCCGCAGCAGCAGCAGCAGCAGGCGCCUCACCAGCAGCCACAGACCCCGCCGCAGGAAACGACUGCUGUUCUCCACCAUGCAGGCAGCGCUCCAGUGACGAUCCGAGGCCCUGGCAGCGGCCGGCAGCACGGCGGCGGGGGCGCGCUCGCGGCCAUGCUCGCGGCAAGCGCGGCGCACGGGGCCGCAGGCGACGGCGGCAGCGGCGGCGGCCGGGGCGGCGAGGGAGGCGAGGAGGACCGGGGCUCUGCGUGGAUGCCGAUGUCUCGCUCCCUGCCGGCAGGGGGCGCUGGGGGCAUGCUGGCUGCCCUGGUGUCGCUCGAAGGCGUCGGUUGCGACGACAGCGGCCACGGCAGGCGGCGGGGCGGCGGCGGGCUGGGCGGGGGUCGCGGUCACUCGGGAGAACGGGGACAAGGCGGCGGCGGCGGCGGCGGCGGCGCAGGUUGGUGUUCGGAGUCGCCGAAGCUCAAGGCGGGCGCGUCGCCGGGCGGCGGGCGGCUGCUCAACGCUGCUGAGUCGCGCCCGCAGCAGCAGGCGGGGCCGUGCGGCUCGCCCGCGGCGGCGGCGCCGAUCCCCAUCGGCCGCCAGGCGCGCGG